CCUGUUUCUCAAUUUCCCAGCAUGCCAGUUGCAUGCACACAAGUACAAGAUGGCGCAAGCUAUAUUUGAAGCAUUAGAAGGGAUGGACAAUCAGACAGUCCUGGCUGUUCAGUCUCUUUUGGAUGGACAAAGUGGAGUGACAGACCCAUCCAACCAGAACGUAUCGGCAGCUUCCACCAUCCAGCUGGAUGAUGAAGAUGUAUUUCUGUGUGGGAAAUGUAAAAAACAGUUCAACUCUCUCACUGCGUUUAUGAUCCACAAGCGGGAGCAAUGCCAGGCUAACACCCCUUCUCUAGCCACAGUGUCACUCUCUUCUAGCAAUGCUUACACAUCUGUGCCAUCCAUCAACUCUGUUCAGCACAGUCCCAUCUCCAGUCGACAGCCAGUGUCCACCUAUGUUACAGUUCCUCAGUCACCCCUUGCUCACACACUGGUACAGGGGAAUGUCCUUGUCAGUGAUGAUGUACUGAUGUCUGCUAUCUCGGCCUUCACUUCUAUGGACCAGUCUGCUAUGCAGCCAUCUGUGCAGAGCAAUAUGAACAUGCAUGCCAGCUCAUCCUACCUCCAACAUCCUGCACACCCAGCACCUCCAAGCCAGUCAGCUUCUCUCGUUGCACAGGUGCCGUCUAGUAGUAGUAAUGCUGGUGCCCAGGUCUACAGUUCAUUGCCUGCUAUAGCUGGAAAUGGUGCUGGAGAAGUUCAGGGUCUGAGUCUUCAGCACUUUCAGCAAUCACAGCAGGUUCCAAGCCAGUGUGUAGACAGUCCUCCAUUUUCCAGUCCACCAGUGUAUAGCCCUGGAAAGCAAGGAUUCAAGACAAAAACCAGCAGCAUUAGCAGCUCCAUCACCAGCAAUAACCUUUCAGAGCAAGGAGAUUUUGAUCAAUCUGCUAAGCCGCACCAUACAAAAAGCAUAGUGGAUGGACAGGCAGAAAUCGAGACUCAUCAGACCAGGCAACAUUUUUCCAGUCUUCAACUGUCCAAUUUUGGUGCUUCAAUAAAAGGAAAGGCCCAGAAGCUGAAAUGUAGCUUCUGUGAGAAAACAUUCACUAAGAACUUUGAUCUACAGCAGCAUGUCCGUAGCCACACUGGGGAAAAGCCAUUUCAGUGCAUUGUGUGUGGUAGGGCCUUCGCACAGAAGUCGAAUGUGAAGAAACAUAUGCAAACUCAUAAAGUGUGGCCUUCUGGAAUGGGAUCAACGGUCUCUCGGCUGCCCAUUACUGUUAAGGUCAUUCCUUCAAAUAACAGUGAAGGUGGAGAUCGGCCGACAGAGAAAGAAAACCACUCAGAAUUAUACAGAGAUUCUAUAGAAAUCCCUUGUAUCGUUGCAGGCGAGAUGGGAGUAUCUGACAGCACCAUUCCUCCUGAAAUGGACAGCCAGCUCCAAAGUAAACCAAGGACGUGUGGGAACAAUGAAAACAAGCAGAUUGUACUCAUUGAUAGUUCAUACCAAUGCCAGUUCUGUGGCAGUAAAUUUAGUACAUACUUCCAACUGAAGUCGCAUAUGACGCAACACAAGGAUGAGCAGGUUUACAAGUGCGUUGUCAAGUCCUGCUCCCUCACCUUCCAGAAGCUGGAUCUGUUUCUGGAGCAUAUAAGAACCCAUCAAGAGCAGCUCACAUACCGCUGCCAUCUGUGCAGUAAAGUGUUUCCUUCGCUGUUUGAACUCGGGGUGCAUCAGUAUUCGCACAACUUCUGUCCACAGCAGAAUCCUCGAAAGGAGUCCACAUUUUUCAGGUGUUUAAAAUGCCAAAGCAGAUACUCCACACAAGAAGCUCUGGAACAGCAUCUUCAAACAGCCUCUCACAACUUCCCCUGUCCACACUGUCAAAAGGUUUUUCCAUGUGAAAGAUACUUUCGUCGACACCUUCCAACACAUGGAAUUGGGGGCAAAUUUAAGUGUCAGAUCUGCAAGAAGUUCUUCAAAACUGAGCACUACCUCAAACUUCACACUCGCAUUCACUCUGGAGAAAAGCCUUAUAAAUGCUCUGUGUGUGAUGCCACAUUCAAUCGCAAAGAUAAAGUAAAAAGACACAUGCUGAUCCACGAGCCCUUCAAGAAGUACAAAUGUCCGUUCAGAACACACGUGGGUUGCAGCAAAGAGUUCAACAGACCAGACAAGCUGAAAGCACAUAUACUCUCCCACUCGGGUAUCAAGCCUUACAAGUGCCAGUAUUGCCAAAAAGCAUUCAGCCGCAGAGCUCACAUGCUCGAGCACCAGAGGUCGCACACUGACAACUACAGAUUCCGCUGCGCUACCUGCAACAAAGGCUUCACGCGACAGAAAUAUUUCCGGGACCACAAGUGCCCACUGGUGUCUGGAGCGGGAAGAUCGGGACCAGAAAAAAGUGCAAGUAAGAAAAAGGCCACUCAGGCUUCCAAGGAGGUAGAGUGCGUGCGGACCAACGAGGAAGCACAACUUCCUCACGACGGCAAGGUGCUGGGCCUCGAAAAGGACAAAGAGGGCCGAAUAUUAGAAUCGCUGGGGGAGAAUGGAGACAAAGAAUCGGCGGAGGUCCACAUUCCAGCGCAGGAGCUCUCGGGAGCCAUGCCAAGCACCGAAGAUCUGGCGGAGCUGCAAACCAAUCAGGACGUGACUAUGCUGGCAGUGCCCAUCUUCAUUCAGGCUGUAGACUGACGGGACGUCUCUGGCAGCUUAUUUUCUUUUUUAACCGACUACUGGAUGUGGUCAAUAAAGAGCUCAGGAAUUCGGCUGCCUUUAUGUGAUGGAAGGAAAUCGCCUCAACAUUCCGUAAAAAAAGGACUAAUGGGAACAACGUCAAGCGAAUUGCUUUGUGAUUUCAGGUGCAAUAGACGAAGUAAAGUGGUUUUUAAAUGUG